AUGGGGAGGACGCCAUGCUGUGAUAAGAAAGAUUUGAAGAAAGGGCCAUGGGGUCCUGAAGAAGAUGAGAUACUCAUAAACUAUAUCGAGAGACAUGGCCAUGGUAGUUGGCGUGCUCUUCCUAAGCUUGCUGGACUUCGUCGUUGCGGCAAGAGUUGCAGUCUCCGGUGGACGAAUUAUCUUAGGCCUGACAUAAAACGAGGUCCCUUCACCGUCGAUGAAGAGAAGCUCGUCAUUCAGCUCCAUGCCAUUCUGGGAAACAGGUGGGCGGCCAUUGCUUCUCAGUUACCAGGACGAACCGAUAACGAGAUCAAGAACCUAUGGAACACUCACUUAAAGAAACGCUUACUCUGGAUGGGUCUUGACCCACUGAUCCACGAGCCGUUCAACCCUUGGGGUCCAACCACGGCACCACGUUCCUCUCCUGCCACUCGUCACACGGCUCAAUGGGAGAGCACUAGGCUCGAAGCCGAGGCCCAUCUUUCCAAGAAGUCACUCUUCUUCAAUUCACCACCACCAUUGUUGAAACCUGACCCUGACUAUUUCCUACGCAUAUGGAACUCCGAAGUCGGAGAAUCGUUUGGGAAAUCGAACCAAGAAGCUAAAAGCGAGUGUCAAAGCCUGAUUUCGCAAGCAUCGUCGUCGAUGAAAUGCGGGUCGGUUUCGGGUGUCACGGUUGAUGUUUACCCCAAUAUAGCAGGGUCUUCGAGUUCAACCCCGAAAAGCAAUCGAAUUGAGGAUCCCAUUGAUGCAUCUUUCUCAUCCUGUUCGAACGAGUCCGAAGAUUCAUCAGACACUGCGUUGCAAUUGCUGUUGGAUUUCCCCAUUAACAAUGACAUGAGCUUCUUGGAAGAUGAUAAUUACGCCACACCCCCGCAAUGUUGACUGAAAUAUGAGCCAUACGAUUUGUAUAAAUAUUUUUCCCUUUAUUGCUUGAAUGUUGAAGCUAAUU